UUUUUUGAUUCCCGGGUGGCUUGGGGCCAGGGAGGGGGGAGAGGGCGAGGGGAGUGGCAGCGGCCUCCCCUCGCCCGGGAGUCGGCCUAGCCCGGGAACUCCGAACCCGGCCCUCAACGGUGGGCCCUUCAGCGCUGCAGUGACCAAAGCUGCAGCCCGAGGCCCCGGCUGACGGGCUGAGAGCCAGACUCGCGCUCACUUUCCCAGUUCCCCGCCCCCACCCGCUCCGCCCCACCCCCACGGCGCCUGCUCCCUUCCCUAUCAACCUCCCCUCCCCCACAUCCGGUGUUCUCGAACUGGUAUCCCCGGGCAGCCCCAGAAAGGCGUCUGUUUCCCACCCGGGGAGAGGGAGCUGACUUUAGGUUGCUUUCUUCUUGGAAACAGUUUCUCUAAUUUGGCCGGCCCUCCUUUCCUAAAUCAAACCGAGUGCCAGGACCUGAGUUUAUCUACUCUAUUCCCCUCUAGGGCCCUGCUGUGUCGGACUUUUCAUAUUCCUCUUACAAAAUCGAAUUCUGGUGUCCUACACCCAUUCCCUAUCUUGGUCACACUCCCACCCUUAACCCCCAACGUCGGAGUCCAGAGCUACAAGGACAGUUGGUUCUUGUAGGAUUGGUGAAACCGUAAUGAAGAACACCCCGUAAGCUCCCAUAACCCGUGCGGAUUCUAUUGGGGAAGGCUCACUUUGUUGACAUCUACCAGACUUGUUUCUGAACCUUCAGAAGGAGGCAGUGUAUCUAGUGAUAGUCGUCCCUCUUUAGCGUAAAUGUGUAGGUAUUGAGGAAAGGGGAGAGAUCAAUGGAAAAGGAAUGAAGUGGUUUAAAUUUCAUUUCAGUUUUUACUGUUCAUAUAAUGCCAGUCUGUGAGUUAUUUACAGGCUUCAUUUAUAGAUUCAUUUAUAGUUAUUUAUAGAGUUGCUUCAUUCUAAAAAUAUUAACUCUUGGUAUAAGCAGUAAAUGAAAAAUACAGCUUGUUACCUUGUUUUAAAAUUUUAUUUCCAGAUAAUUUUUUUCUGCCACCUACAUUUUUCAAAAUGUCAGAGCCGAAAGGGUCCAACUAGAAUUUACUGCUAAUGACCAGUAUGUGGAGUCUGAUUUAGCUUUCCAGAAUUAACUUUUUUGGUUGUAUUGACAAAUCACAGUCCUUAAUGUUGACUGAUGCACUAUAUUUAGAUGGAAUUUCCUGAAACAAAUCCCAAAAUUAAGGGGAAAAAAUCAGAGUUGCUAUGAUUAGGAUUCAUUAAAAAUAUAUAUCUUAAGAACUGAAGGUAUUUUCAGCAAAUAUAGUUCUUGAUACAGCAGAAAGAACAUGAGUCUGAGAUUUGGAAGACCUGUCUUUUAGCUGCUAGACAUCAGUUCCAUGAUUAAGAGGAAAUGGGCCUCUGUUCUUUUUUCUCUAACAUGAGGACAUAGGACUAUUUGGAUUCAGGAAGUUAAAAGGAACCCUAAAGCCCUUUAAGGAAGAGUUUGGGAAUGUUCUCCCUUGCUGCCAUUUUUCCUCCAAAAAUAACUUGGCUUGGAAGUCAUUGGUUGAAAGGGAAUUUGACUCCCCAUAGAAACUGGAGAAAAGGUAAUGCAAGUAGAGAACAGCUGUAUUUCUGCUUGAGUAAUAAGUCCACUAACAGGUUCUGGUAUGAAUUUUGGAGACAUAAAGAGAAUGAGUAUAUGUACUCUAAGUGUACCGGUUUCCUCACUCUCUCCUGGCAGAAGAUGCAGUACUUUUAGUGAUUCUGGGAUUCUGGGAUGUGUUUCCAUUAAUAGUAAUACAGAUGAAGAUGAUGUGGUAAAGGGAAAGAUGGUGGCAGAAGGAGUGGAUAAAGAGGCAAAAUUGCCCACUAAAAAGAAAAGAAAGAAGGGUUUGCGAAUUAAGGGGAAAAGGCGCCGAAAAAAAUUGGUCCUUGCCAAAAAGUUUAAUAAGGAGCUGGGAUCUGGGAGACCUGUUGCAGAUGCCCCUGCUUUGUUAGCUUCCAGUGCCCCUGAGCAAGAUGAAGAAGAAGGUCUUUUUGAGAGCAAUAUAGAAAAGCAGAUCUAUCUACCUAGUACCAGAGCCAAGACCUCCAUUGUAUGGCACUUCUUUCAUGUUGACCCUCAGUAUACCUGGCGAGCCAUUUGUAAUCUCUGUGAGAAGAGUGUCAGCAGGGGUAAACCAGGCAGUCAUCUUGGUACAUCUACUCUUCAACGACAUCUGCAGGCAAGGCAUUCACCUCACUGGACCAGGGCCACCAAGUUUGGAGUCACUAAUGGGGAAGAGGACUUUACCUUGGAUAUAUCUCUAUCUCCUUCUUCUCCUGGAAGCAAUGGAAGCUUUGAGUAUAUUCCCACUGAUUCGCUAGAUGAAAAUAGAAUGGGUGAGAAACGUGAUAAAUUGGCAACUGAUGCCCUGAGGGCAAAAAGAGGGAGAUUUCUCAUCAAAAGUAACAUUGUCAAGCAUGCCUUAAUUCCUGGAACCAGAGCCAAGACAUCUGCAGUUUGGAAUUUUUUUUACACUGAUCCUCAGCACAUCUCCAGAGCUGUGUGUAACAUAUGUAAAAGAAGCGUGAGCCGGGGUAGGCCAGGCUCCCACUUAGGAACUUCAACACUUCAAAGACACCUGCAGGCCACACACCCCAUCCAUUGGGCUGUUGCCAACAAAGACAGUGGUGCUAUUGGAAAUGGAUUAGAUGAGACGGAGACUGAGAGCAGUGAUCUCUUGAAUGAUACUUUGCAUGGAGAGAAGUCUUCAGGCAGCCAAGAUUUAACAGCUGAAGACCUUAGUGACUCUGAUACAGAUGAACCUCCUGUUUUAGAGGUUGAAAAUAGAUCUGAGAGUCCUGUUCCUGUUGCAGAGCAACAUAAUGUGGUACAUGUACAAGAGAGAGAAACAACACAUUGUGAAAAUAUUGCCUCAAGUCAAAUAAGUCAAGCAAUUAUUCAAAUGAUUGUGGAGGAUAUGCAUCCUUACAACUAUUUCUCGACCCCAGCUUUUCAGAGGUUUCUGCAGAUUGUUGCUCCCGAUUAUAGAUUGCCAUCAGAGACUUUCUUUUUCACCAAAGCUGUACCUCAGUUAUAUGACUGUGUUAGAGAAAAAAUUUUCUUAACGUUAGAGAAUGUUCAAAGCCAAAAGAUCCAUCUGACUGUUGACAUGUGGACCCAUGACCCUUCCACUGACUAUUUCAUUGUGACUGUACAUUGGGUCUCUUUGGAAACUGCAUCUUUUCCCAAUAAUGGUGGGAUCCCCAAUUUUAGAAAGUGGGCAGUGCUUUGUGUUACAGGUUUAGCCAAAGACUGUUUGAUAACUAACAUUUUGCAAGAAUUAAAUGACCAGAUUGGUCUAUGGCUUUCUCCUAAUUUCCUUAUCCCUAGCUUCAUUGUUUCUGACAAUUCUUCUAAUGUGGUACAUGCAAUCAAAGGUGGUGGUUUUACCCAUGUGCCAUGCUUCCUGCAUUGUUUAAAUAUAGUGAUUCAGGACUUUUUCUGUGAGCAUAAAAGCAUUGAGAAUAUGUUAGUGGCUGCUAGGAAAACCUGUCAUCAUUUUAACCAUUCAGUCAAGGCCCGCCAGAUACUACAGGAGUUCCAAAAUGAUCACCAGCUUCCCUGGAAAAAUUUGAAGCAAGAUGAAACUGGUCAUUGGAUUUCUACCUUUUAUAUGUUAAAAUGGCUCUUGGAGCAUUGCUACUCAGUUCACCAUAGCCUUGGUAGAGCCAGUGGAGUUGUGCUUACCUCCCUUCAGUGGACUCUAAUGACAUACGUUUGUGAUAUUCUUAAGCCAUUUGAGGAGGCCACCCAGAAAGUGAGUGUAAAGACCACAGGAUUGAAUCAGGUGCUACCCCUCAUCCAUCAUCUCCUCUUUUCCCUGCAGAGACUCAGAGAUGAUUUUCAAGUCAGAGGUAUUACUCAGGCUCUCAAUUUGGUGGACAGUUUAUCUUUGAAACUUGAAACUGAUGCCCUACUAAGUGCCAUGCUCAAAUCCAAGCCCUGUAUCUUGGCUACUUUGUUAGAUCCUUGCUUUAAGAACAGCUUGGAAGACUUUUUUCCUCAAGGUGCUGAUUUAGAAACUUACAAACAGAUCCUUGCAGAAGAGGUUUGUAAUUAUAUGGACUCUUCACCUGGGGCCUGCCAAAUUGCAAACUCAGAAGCAUCUGGUCCGUUAGUUAGAUUAGGAACUGAUUCAUUUACUUCUAUAAAAGAAGGCACCUCCAAUUCAGGUUCCAUGGAUAGCUCAGCAGCAGACAGUGUUGCUAUUGGAAGCAAAAGCUUCUUGUUCCCUUCUGCUGUAGCCAUAGUGGAUGAGUACUUCAAAGAGAAGUAUUCGGAGCUCUCAGGAGGUGAUGACCCUUUGAUUUACUGGCAGAGGAAGGUGAGCACAUGGCCAGCUCUGACCCAAGUUGCUAUUCAGUAUCUGAGUUGCCCCAUGUGUAGUUGGCAAUCAGAAUGCUUGUUUACCACAAAUAGCCACUUUCACCCAAAGCAGGUCAUGAGCAUGGACUUUGAUAAUAUAGAACAGCUGAUAUUUCUGAAAAUGAACUUGGAAAAUGUUAACUAUGACUAUUCUACAUUGAUUCUGAGCUGGGACCCUGAAAGUAAGGCUGCUCAAAACAAUGAAAAAGAAAGAGUACCUUAAUUUCUUUUUCCUUACUCUACUUAAAAUGGGCAACUUUUUGCUAUAUUACUAUAUCCUUAUUGCUAUAAUUAAAUGUAGUCAUUAUUAAUUCUUUAAAAAUAGCUGGGUGUGGUUCCAGGUGCCUCUAAUCCCAGCUAUUUGAGAUACUGAGGCUGGAGGAUUACUUUAGCCCAUGAGUUUGAGACCAGCCUGAGCAACAUAUUAAGACCCCAACUCAUAAAACAAAAAACCUGGGGAAAUAUAAAAAUACAAAAUGUUGAAAGUUCUUCAGAAGCAAUAGAAUGUUGAUAAAAUGAAGGUUAACUUUUCAGAUUUCACAGUUUGUAGCUCAAUAUAGCUAACAUCUGAAAAUGUUUUAUCAAUUGAAAGAGAAAAGAUAGCGUUAAUGAUAAAAUAUAGUGCAGCAUUGAAAGAAUAUAGGUGUUUCUAGCUGGAGAUUGGACUAGUCCUUGGUUUGAAGUAAAAAUGUCCCCCAACAUGGGAAGUUUGAUUACCCUGAAAUCAGUGACUUGAAGGGGGAAGAAUUAGUGUUAUUUCUUUACCCUCCCUAUUCUUUAAAAACCCUGGUGCUUAUAACUUGACAAAUAGAAAACCCACAAAAUUUUCUUAUUUGGAAAUUCUCAAUUGCCUCCUCAUACUGGUCAGCUUAUAAUGUCAAAUUACUGGGUGUCAUAGAAUUUCCCUUUGUAUUUAGGAUUAGGUUUCUAUAAAAGGGGAACAUUACAAAACAAAAUUAGUCUUUCAAUUACCUUUUCUAAAAUAGCAUAAAAGCAAAGCUAUAUAGUUCUUUUGCAUAACUUAUUAGUAAAUAGCAUUAAAUAUUUAAAAUUUUUAAAAAUCCAAUGGGAUUUAGAAUGCAAGCCCCAUGAGCAUGGCAAAAUCAGUAUGAAUUUCCCAAAGAAUAGUUCUGUAGUUUUGGUCAUUUUUUAAAAAGCAUACUUCAUGCUUCAUAGUAUCAUAUCUUUAACUAUGAAGUUUGGCCACUGUAUUCUUAACUAAAAUAAAGCCAGUAUUUUAAUGUAUUAGGAAUCAUUGGUGAAAUGAGUGAACAAUCUCAGUGGUCCUCAAGGUUCCUUUCCACUCUGAAAGUCUGUUCUGUGAUUGAGUGGGAGGCCAGAAAGUGAUGACUUUUAUUAAGUCUAUUAGAAGUUUCAGACUGAAUAACUAAUGUAAGAUCCCAAUUUUUCCUUUUUUUCAUUUUAGAUUUGG